GCCAGUAACUCCACAGCGCCAGGAGGCCUACGACUGAUACGAUGGGUGUACCAGACGAGCAGAUCCAUCCAGUCGCGACGGGUCGCGCUGCGCAAACCGUCAAGCAGCAUCAGGAGUCGCAGGAUCUGGUGUUUUACUCAGGAUGGUUUUGUCCCUAUGUUCAACGGGCAUGGAUAGUCCUGGAGGAGAGGGGCAUCUCGUAUCAAUACAAGGAGGUGAACCCAUACAAGAAGGAGCCGCAUUUCCUGUCGAUCAACCCGAAGGGCCUCGUUCCCGCAAUCGAAUACAAGGGCCGUGCGCUCUAUGAAUCUCUCAUCAUCUGCGAGUUCUUGGAGGACGCCUUUCCCCACUAUGAGCCACACAUCCUCCCAUCCGAUCCAUUCGAUCGCGCCAUUGUCCGCCUUUGGACCGACCAUGUCAACAAGCAGAUCGUCCCUGCGAACAUGCGCCUAACGCAGGCGCAAGACCCGCAGAAGCAGCGUGAGCAUCUCGAGGAAUUGAACAAGGCGCUGCGGACCCUUGUCGAGAAGGUCAAGGGGCCGUACUUCCUCGGGGAGCAGUUCACGUUGGUCGACGUUGCGCUGGCCCCCUGGGUCGUUAGGGACUGGGUUAUUGCGGAGCACCGCGGAUACAGCCGCGAGGCUGUCGGCGGGGGAUGGAAGGAGUACGCGGCGCAGCUGGAGUCACGCGAGAGCGUGCUGAAGACGUCGAGUGACAAGGUGCAUUUCACUGAGAUCUACGCUCGAUACCUUCGCGACGAGGCGCAGAGUGAGGGAGCGAAGGCGAUCAGAGCCGGGCGUUCGUGGUGAGCGUUAGGUGUAGGAUAGCCUAUAGUCAGAACAAGCAUUCUCGCCGCACGGGAUGUUUGAUCCCGUGAUCUUGCGUCGAUAGCGGAGCCAAUCCCAACAUUACUAUGACUUGCGGGUCUCAUUUUGUCACUUAAGGUUGUCAGUGCAAUACGAGAUACUGUAGAUGCC